AUGAUUCGGUUGGGUACACUACGGUCCGCAGGAAGAGAACUGCGUCGAUUCUGCCGGUCGCUUGUUCCACUGGCAGUGGCGUUGACGGCCUAUUCUCGAUGGUGUUCUUGGUCGGGGACACAUUGCCUGGCACUCAUUCUGGGGUGGCAGGUUUUGCGACGGUAUAAUCAGCAACAAGAGUCUUCUCCUUCCAAUACCAAGGCAUGUCGUAUAGAUGAUGCCCCUGCUGCUGUUGCGACUACUCGAAGUGUGACACAUCGACGACCUCUUGACUCCCGGUGUGAAUGCUACUUGACAACGGACAAGAUCCCCGUGGCCGUCUUGUCGAGUAUUUGCAGCUAUCUGCAUCCUCGCGAUGUCACUCCUUUGGCAUGUCUGAAUCGCGCCGCGAAGGAACAAUUCACUUGCCAUACGCUCUGGAACGAACUCUGGUAUCGCGAUUAUGGACGAGUCUUGUUGCAGUGGAACGUGGCACGAGACGUCCUUCAAAAGUCGUUGCACUGCGACACCGAGUUGGAAUUUCGACUUGCGCAACACUUGCAUUCGACACGUCACAGUACAAGAGACUUUUAUUUUGUCUUUGGAGAAACCUAUGUCAAUUAUCUCUUGGCGGGACAUAAUACCCGUGACAAUUGCUAUUUGGGAUUGCACUCCCACAUAGUCGAUUUUGCACAGUUUGCCCAUUAUCAUCCCGGUAUGAUUGAUCCGGUCUUGUUGGAAUGUGGCAAAGAUGCCACCGAGUACUUUGAAGGAUUGACUCAUUCCCGUGGCGCACGAGCCGUCGCACGACAAUUGGUUGUCGUUGUCAACAAGGCGUGUUGCGAUUAUGGCCGUGACAAUGUCAACAAUAAUAAUAAUAAUCAGCAGUAUGGACUCGAAUUAAGAGCACCCCCUUCGCAAUUGCAUCAAUUGCUACGACAAUCCAAUUCGCGACCACUGCAAGAAAGCGAAAGCAACAACAACAACAAAAACAGCAACAACAACAAGAAAAAGAAACAGUCCCUCCAACACAUCUUGCCGACCAAACCACAUUCAAAGUUGCGACGGCCACCCACGUUACAACGAAUUCGAACCGCAUGGGACCAAGCCAAACAAAAACAAGAACAACAGCGGUAUCAUUAUAACAUGGACAACUUGGCGCAAUGGCUCGGCAAUGAUUGUUGGCGGGUCUACUACGAUCCCAUUCGACAAGAAUGGAUCGAAUGGAACGCAGCAGCCAAGAAAGAGUGA